UCUACCGAUUCCACAGAUAUUAUUCCAUUAACUCUUGACAUGUACAGACAUCCCAAAGCUUUAUAUUCGUCAAACAACGAAUUAUUUGGUCAGAAAUACAGAGACAUUGUUGAACAUUUCGGUACAGCAGAGCGUAUAGCUUCAAAUGCAAGUAUUAUAGAUGCUCUUCUAAAUUUUUCCAUGAAAGAUAUUGUGGAAUACCGAAACAAUCUUAUCGUAUCUGCCGAAUUUAAUGACACUGAAAGUAACGUGACGUGGGCUAAAGGUUUUUAUUCCGGCUCAGCAGUACACAGCGUGCCGUUAACGAUAAAUCUCUUAAGUAAUUCGUUAAUCAAAGCUUUCGCUGGCGAUAAAUAUUCGAUCAUUGCGUCUAGGCAACUAUUACCGAAUAUAUUUUUUAUGCCUUUGGAACCAUUUCCGAUCGCUUUCAUAUUCUGUUCAUUCCUCUUUUCCACUGUGUCACUUUUUGUAGUGCACCCUUUACAAGAAACAGAGACAAAAGUUAAACAACUCCAGCGCAUGACCGGUGUCACAUCGGUAUUAUAUUGGGGUACAAUGUUUGCUUUUGAUUUUCUGAUACUUACGUUAUGUGUGCUGGUAAUUACAUUAUCACUCUACAUCAUGGAUAUUAUUCUUGAUCUUCGUCUAUAUUAUAUAACAGAAAUAAUGUGCACGAUAUUGCUUCUGGAGUUAUUCGGUGUUAACAUUUUACUUUUUACAUAUCUAUUUAGUUUUAUGAAUAAAUCAAGGAGUACUAUAAUAACCAUAUUGGAUACCAUACCUAUUGGCUUUGUUUUUAUAAAGUAUUCUCUACGUGAAGUAAGACUAUACAGUUAUUAUUGGCUUUAUCCGCUAUCUAUUCUGCAAAACAGAAUCUUCCCUUUAAUUCCUUACGUAAGUUUGUUCCACGGUCAACUAUCAUUUUUCAAAAUAUCAUUACGAAAUGCAAGGUGUCGUCGUCUACUAAAUAAUCAUCUGGAUAUAAUUUGCUUUCCAAAACCAAAACAUACUUGUUGUGACUUGAAUUGCGUAGAUGGAAUAUGCGAGAAUCAAUUAUCUUACUUUAAUAACGGCACAAUAUAUGAAAUGAGUUUCAAAGAAUGUAUAGUAUACCUAGCUCUAACACCAAUUUUAUAUUGUGCUUUAUUAAUUAUAAUGGAAGAGAAGUUGUUUUCAAAAUUACUCCUGAAAAUAAAAGGUACAAAAUUAAGGAAGGGACAAGAUAUAAUGGAUGAUCAAGUGAAAAAGGAGAAACUUGCAGUAACGGAAGAAAUUAAUAAAAUUAAUAACCAAAGUGUAAAAGUUACGAAAAAAGAAUUGGAAGCAAGUCCCACAGAGACUCCCAACUUGAACUCAGUACUGAAUCUUGUACUGAGUUCAAGUUGGGAGUCUCUGUGGGACUUGCUUCCAAUUCUUUUUUCGUACAUGGAAGAAUGUGAAGCACUUUGUAAUCGACUAGUUAUCAUGGUGAGAGGUGAAUUAGUCUGCAUUGGUGCGUGUCAAGAAUUGAAGCAGCGAUUUGGAGCGGGUUACGAUAUUCAUGUAAAAUUAAAUCCAUCCCGAAUGGAUGAGGAUGUUAACAAUAUUAAGAAAGUUAUUAAGUCUACUCUAACAUGCGAUAUUAGAGACGAAAAUUUGGGUUUUCUUGCUUAUCAUGUAACUGAUUGUAAUACAACAUGGGAAAAAAUGUAUGAUACAAUGAAGAGUUUGAAGCAAAAAUAUAGUUGCAUUGAGGAUUACGCUGUCUUAUCUGCAACUCUGGAACAGCUCUUUAUUCAGUUUGCAAGAAGAGCUGAAAUGAUUGGAUCUCAUGAACCUCCGACUGAUGUUACUAGUCAUGAAGAAACAGUAUAAAUUAAAUACGUUUUAUUAGAUACCAAAAUAUACUUAAAAUUGUAUAUACUAGAUGAAAAUUGAAUUAAUG